GGCGCGCCCCCACCUGGCAGCCGCCGCCACAAAGUCUCAAGCUGCACAUUUUCAAGUCAAAGUCUUCGCUCUCCUUUCUCCUUCCCCACCGUUUUAAGCCCUCUUGUCUGCGUUCUCUCAAUCUCUUCACAACCAUCAAUCCACGGAUUAUACCCAGAAAAGGGAAGAAAUGAUCCUCCAAAUCCAACCCAGAUCACUCUUCCUUGUUGUUUUUCUGUUAGUGGCAGCAAAAGCAUCAGAAGCAGCAGGCACAAUCGCACCAGGCUCAACCCUCGACGCCUCCAACGAGAACCAGGCGACGUGGUCCUCCCCAAGCUCCACCUUCUCCUUAGGCUUCAUCUCCACUGGCCUCCCCAACUCCUUCAUCGCCGCCAUCUCCUACUCCGGCGGCGUCCCCAUCUGGACAGCGGGCUCCACCCCAGUGGACUCCGCGGCCUCCCUCCAGUUCCUCCCCUCUGGCGCCCUCCGCCUCGUCAACGGCGACGGAAAUACCGUCUGGGACUCAGGCACCGCCGGAAAAGGCGUCUCCUCCGCCUCACUCGAGGACACCGGCAAACUCUCCCUCCUCCGAAACGACACCGUCGUCUGGUCCUCCUUCGACAACCCCACCGAUACGGUCGUGCCGUCCCAGAACUUCACCACCGGUAAGGUUCUGCGAUCUGGGUUGUACUCCUUUCGUCUUAUUAGUUCUGGGAAUCUCACGCUUAGUUGGAACGAUAGUGUUGUGUAUUUCACUCAGGGUUUGAAUUCCUCGUAUGAUGUCAAUAUGACUUCCCCGAGUUUGGGAAUACAGAACAUUGGGAUUCUGUCGAUUUUCGAUUCCAAUUUGUCUGGUGGGGGUAUCAUGGCUUACAGCAAUGAUUAUGCCGAGAAUAGGGACACACUGAGGUAUUUGAAGUUGGGCGGUGAUGGGAAUUUGAGGAUACUUAGCUCUGAUCGUGGGAGUGGGACUGAAAUUGCGAGAUGGGCAGCUGUUGAGGAUCAAUGUGAGGUUUUUGGGUACUGUGGGAAUAUGGGAAUUUGUAGUUACAAUGAUACGGACCCGAUUUGCGGGUGCCCAUCUCAGAAUUUCGAGCUCGUUGAUCCAAAAGAUGGUAGGAAAGGGUGUAAGAGGAAGGUGGAGACUGUGAAUUGUCCAGGGAAUCCGACUAUGUUGGAUAUGGAAAAUACACAGUUCCUAACAUACCCUCCGGAGACAGAGUCGCAGAUUUUCUUUGUGGGUAUAUCCGCAUGUCGGUCGAAUUGUCUUGUGAAUCCUAGUUGCGAUGCUUCAACUUCGUUGUCAGAUGGGACGGGGUUGUGUUAUUUCAAGACUCCAGGUUUUAUUAGUGGCUAUCAGAGUCCGGCGCUGCCGAGCAGUUCAUACAUCAAGGUUUGCUCACCGGUGGAUCCAAACCCGUCACCUAAUGCCCAGCUUUCUGGGAAGGGCGGCGGUUGGAGGAUGCAUCCGUGGGUUGUAGCUGUUGUGGUUAUAGGCACCAUUUUGGGUUUGGUUGCCCUGGAGGGUAGUUUGUGGUGGUGGUGUUGUAGAAACAGCCCCAAGUUCGGAGUAUUGUCAGCUCACUAUGCCCUUCUUGAGUAUGCUUCUGGUGCUCCAGUCCAGUUCACAUAUAAGGAGCUCCAGCGCUCAACCAAGGGAUUCAAGGAGAAGCUUGGAACUGGAGGAUUUGGUGCUGUGUACAAAGGGAUUCUUACUAAUAGAACGGUUGCUGCAGUGAAGCAACUUGAGGGAAUUGAACAGGGGGAAAAACAGUUUAGAAUGGAGGUUGCGACUAUAAGUAGCACCCAUCAUUUGAAUUUGGUGAGAUUGAUUGGUUUUUGCUCCGAAGGGCGCCAUAGGCUUCUAGUAUACGAGUUCAUGAAAAACGGGUCUCUUGAUCAUUUCCUUUUCGUAUCAGAAGGCCAGUCAGAAAAAAUCUUGAAUUGGGAAUACCGGUUCAACAUUGCCCUUGGUACUGCAAGGGGGAUGACAUACCUGCACGAGGAGUGUCGGGACUGCAUCGUCCACUGUGAUAUAAAGCCAGAAAACAUUCUCUUGGAUGAGAACUAUGCUGCCAAAGUCUCAGAUUUUGGUCUUGCCAAGCUGAUUAAUCCAAAGGACCAUAGAUACCGAACCUUGACAAGCGUCAGAGGUACAAGAGGAUAUUUGGCACCAGAAUGGCUGGCAAAUCUUCCAAUAACUUCAAAAUCUGAUGUUUAUGGUUAUGGUAUGGUUCUUUUGGAGAUAGUGAGUGGGAGACGUAAUUUCGAAGUAUCUGCAGAAACCCGUAGGCAAAAGUUCUGUGUGUGGGCUUAUGAAGAGUUUGAGAAGGGUAAUAUCAAGGCAAUUCUUGACCGGAGGCUUGAUGACCAAGAGGUUGAUAUGGAGCAAGUGGUGAGGGCAAUUAAAGUCAGCUUUUGGUGCAUCCAGGAGCAACCGUCACACAGACCAAUGAUGAGCAAAGUGGUGCAGAUGUUAGAAGGGAUUACAGAGAUUGAGAGGCCACCUGCUCCUAAGGGCUUGACUGAAGGGUCCAUUAAUGGAAGCAGCAUGAAUGUGAGCAGCAACAUUAGCGCUUUCUCCACCACUGCAGCUUCAGCCCCAGCUCUCUCUUCCUCUUCAUCAUUCCAAGCCGCAGGAGUUUCACUUUAUGCUUCAGGGAAGAAUGUAGAGAGGGCAUCGUCAUCCCUUUUACAAUCAUACCCAGAGGGCCAGAGUCAAGUUUAGUUGCAUGCUUAUAUUUUUACUCGCAAACCGCAUUUGAGUUCUCAAUUUUCUCAUCCAGAUUUGACCAUAGAAAAGCUUGAAAGAGGUAAGGUUCUGUGGUCCAAGUACCAUUACAUGAUAUUGGUAUAUUAUCUUGUAGAAAUUGUUACAACCAUAGUAUAUAUAAUGUUCUUAUCCUCUUUGCAAGAACGGAUGACCAAUUUGUAUAGGUUCAAUUUGAGUUGAUCCAUUGAAUGUGUAAAUUAAUCGUGAGAAGAACCAUUGUAUGCAAUACAUUUUUCUUCCCA